CUCGCAACCAGGAACUGGAACCAAGCCAGCCGUCGUCACUCCCCCGGCCCCCCAGCCAGCCAGCUCCAACAACUUACCUAACACCUCCACGUUCGACCUCAUCUUUCCCCACCGCAAUAAAUAAUGUCAGCCCAGAACUCCGCCGGAAUCCAACGGCUCCUCGAUGCCGAGCGUGAUGCUCAAAAGAUCGUGCAGAAAGCGAGGACAUACCGAACACAGAAAGUAAAGGAAGCCCGCAGCGAGGCACAGAAGGAGAUCGAAGAGUACAAGAAGCAGAAGGAGGCCGAGUUCAAGAAAUUCGAGGAGGAGCAUUCCGGCGUAAAUGCGCAAGCUGAGCAGGAGUCAACCCGUGAGGUCGAAGCGAAGCUACAAGAGAUCAAGACCGUGGGCGAGGAAAAGUCACCCAAGGUCGCCGAGGAACUGGUCAAUGCCGUUAUCGAUAUUCACCCGAAGCCGCACCGUAAUGCUGCGAAAGUAGCUUAAGUGGGGGGAGAGGAAGGAAGAUGGUUAACGUCACGGAUGGUGGUAGAGGGUAUAUCCUGUUGUUGAUAGACA